UUGGACAUUUUCGAGAUAGAGGAACCUUUGAACGGCAGCCGCCGCGGGCGGCGACCAAGAAAUGUUGGCCUUCGCCGCCGUUGUCUUCUCCCCAGCUCCCGGCACGCUCUCUGGUAGAACAAUCCGCUCCCCUGCUGUCUCCCGCCAAACCCUCGCUCGAUGCGUCAAGAAAACCGUCCCCGAACCACCCCGGUCUGUCUUGUCCUCACCGCGACCCGCGCGCUCCAGCCGCCGGCCAUGGGUGCCAUGGUGCCUCCGCGCGCUCGCCGCCGCUCUAGCGCUCGCGCUCUGUCCUCCACAUAUCAUCCCUGCCCAUGCGUCCUCCAUCGGCGAGCGUCUGAAGCCGAGUACCCCGUAUCCUUGCGAAGACGUCCAGAGCUACUACGGGGGGCUGGAGGGCUUCUCCGGUGACGGGCUGAUGGCGAAGCUCGGCGCCGUCGUCUCGCCUCACGCCUCACUGCGCUACAAAGAUGUAUGGGAGGCGCUCAAGAUUCUCGAUGCAGCUGACGCAGACCACCCAGAAGCGUCCUCUGAAGUGAUCGAGAUAUACUCGCAGAGAGCUGUGCCGAAGCUCUUGGCAGGCAAGCCGGAUGGAUGGAACAGAGAACACCUCUGGCCGCGAUCAUACGGGCUAAAACGCCGUCCUUCUCUAACCGAUCUGCACAACAUUCGUCCUGCGGAUGCCAAUGUGAAUUCGUCCAGGGGAAACAAGUAUUAUGGAGGAUGUGCUGCGACGUCGAAAAAAUGUGCAAGGCCAGCAAAUCGUGAAGCUGCACCUGACACUGAAACAGACAGUGAAAGAUGGGCACCCCCUUUUCAGGUGCGUGGAGAUGUAGCUAGGUCCCUGAUGUACAUGGCUGUAAGCUAUGGAUCUGGACAGAAAGAUGCAGCUCCACAUUUGGAACUUUCUGAUUCGCCUAGUAUUCAAAGGAGGAGGAUGGGUCUCCUUUCAGCUCUUCUACAAUGGAAUGAACUAGACCCUCCAUCGAGAUCAGAGCAACGUCGGAAUGAUAGAGUUUGCAGCCUUUACCAGCACAAUCGAAAUCCUUUUGUCGAUCAUCCAGAGUAUGCUAAUCUAAUAUGGAGGAACACAGCUAGAAAAAUUCGAAUGUGACUCAAAAAAAUAGUGAAAGGCUUGGGUCAAUGAGUUCCACUACAAAAUAUGAGAAUGAGGUGUCAACAAAUUACUAGUUAUGUGAUGCAACAUAUGAUAGUUCAAAGCAGUUAUAAAGGGAACUAAGGAGAAUUUAAUCAUAGAGCCUGCCAUCUCUGCCAAUGUUCGUUUCAAGGGUUUUCCGAACGCAGAAUUCACUUCAAGAAGGGUUACUCUGCAUUGACACCGUCACCACAACCUUCUUUGUCACUGCCAUCGUGCUUUCUCACCAGGAAGCUACUGAGGUCUGAGCAGGGUACCGGACAACAGCAAAUCGAGAUUGGAGCACACCAAAUGCCCGCUCGACAUCCUUCCUGCAAG